UGAUAUACAAGUGGGCUAUUACAUUAAAAUUUAUCCAAAACAAAUUUACGGCCCAAUUGAUAAAGAUUACAGUUAAUUAGCACAGAAGCAGUUGAAAGAAAAAAAAAAAGGAAAACAAAACGCAAGAAGCUCCUCGAAGAAUUCUCCGGCGACUUCUGAAGAAAAAACGUCUCCGAUUGAGGUCUUCUUCAAGUGGUCAAAACGGGAUGAGAGAGAGCACCGGUUUUCCACAAGUUAUUGAGGUUGCUCCGUUGAACAGUCUGCCUUACGUCGGUCCAUUAAAUGGCAAUUCAUCCAUGUCUGGUAACAAGGCCAACGAGACUGCAGAGAAAACAGGACCUCCAGCAAUGAUAUUUCUACCUUCUGAAUCAGCUCCAGAGUUUUAUAGCCUUAUCUCUCAGUCAAAAACCGGAGUUGCCCUCACGGGAAGUGCAGCCAUGGGGAAGAUCGGACCAACUAUUGGUUUGGUGGAUAUUGCUGAAUCCGAUGACUCUUACUAUUUCCGUGUUUCCCUCCCUGGUGUUUCAAGAGAUGAAAAGGAGUUCAGCUGCGAAAUAGAACCAGACGGUAAGAUUCUGAUCAAAGGAGCAACAACGACGGGAGAGAAGACAGUGUGCAGACACAAUCAGGUGUUCAAGAUGCUAUCACAAAACUUAUGCCCUCCAGGCCACUUCACCAUCUCUUUCCAGCUUCCGGGUCCUGUGAGCAACGAAGAUUUCAGCGGUAAUUUUGGUGCAGAUGGUGUUCUUGAGGGAGUAGUGAAGAAGCUCUACUACGAAGACUGAACAACAUCCAUGUAUUGCUAUUAGGAAGAUGGUUGAUUAGUGUAUGCCUGACCGAUUCUGCACCGCUGGAGACAAAUAUUUCUCUACAAACAACUUUUUAGGUAUCCUUUGUGUUUGAACUUGAAAAUAACUUUGAUGACUUUUCGGUGUUCAAGUAUUUUCAUUCAAGUGGUUGGUUAAA